AAUUUCUCACCUCUUUCAAUCAAUAAUAAAUACUACAUAAAAGUCAAAAAUGGUAAUUAUUCAAAAUUCAUUCAACAAAACAAACAUUAGAUUAGAAAAUUCAACCGUUACUGAUUCAGGCAGUAGAAUCAUUCCUAGAGUUAUUAUGGAGCACCUUUUCUUCGUACCCUCUUGUAAGUUCUAAUAGAAAAGUCAAGUUGGGUUUUUCAAGUGUUCAACAUUUCAUACUAUCUCUUCUUUCUAUUCUCCUCUCUUGUUCUUCUUCUUAUACCGUUCUCCAAUUCAAUUUCUUCAAUAUUUUCCUGUUCCUGAUUCUGGGUUCUUCAAGCUUGAUUCUAUUAGUGUCUCCAAAUUUAGGGUUGGCAAUUUGAUUUGAAGAGCAUGUCAAACUUACUCAAAUUUUGAUUCAUUUCAUGAAGCGAGGAAUUGACUAAGAUAAGAGUGGAGCUGAGCUAGUUUGGCCAUGACUUGCUUCCCUUUCAGUUGUGGACACAGAGCCAGGGCCUCUGAUGAAUCCACUGUAGACAUUGAUGGAGUUUCAGGUGUAGGUAAUGUAAAGAUUUUCAAAUACAAGGAAUUGCAGCAUGCAACGGACAACUUCAGCCAACUAAAUAAAAUUGGGGAGGGAGGUUUUGGACUUGUCUAUAAGGGCAAGCUCAGAGAUGGAACGAUGGUCGCAGUGAAGGUGCUUUCACCUGAAUCAAGGCAAGGCUUAAGAGAAUUCGUUACAGAAUUAAAGGUCCUUGCGGAUGUAGAGCAUGAAAAUUUGGUAAAGAUUGUAGGUUGUUGUGUCGAAGGGAAUAAUAGAAUUUUGGUCUCUGGAUAUCUUGAAAAUAACAGCCUUUCUCAAUCUUUACUCGGUCAAAACCAGAACAUGAUUGAUUUCAACUGGAAAACUAGAAGAAAUAUAUGCAUUGGCAUUGCUAAGGGGCUUGCGUUUCUUCAUGAAGAAGUCCGACCUCAUAUUGUGCAUAGAGAUAUUAAAGCAAGCAAUAUCCUCCUUGACAGAGAUUUUACAGCCAAGAUUUCAGAUUUUGGUCUUGCAAAACUUAUACCAGCUAACAUGACACAUGUUAGCACACGGGUUGCAGGGACAUUAGGGUAUUUGGCGCCUGAAUAUGCACUCCGAGGUCAGUUGACAAGGAAAGCGGAUACUUAUAGUUUUGGCGUACUUCUUUUGGAAAUUGUCUGUGGUAGAUGCAACAGGAAUAGGCGGCUGCCUCCUGGAGAGCAACAUCUUCUUCAAAGGGCAUGGAAUAUGUUUGAGAAUAAGUCGCUUAUGGAGUUGGUAGAUGAAGCAUUUAGAGAAGACAUCGAUAUCGAGGAGACCAGUAGAUUUUUCAAGAUCGCUCUUCUUUGCACACAAGAAAUACCAAAACGACGACCAAUGAUGUCCACUGUGGUUAAGAUGCUUCAGGGAGAGGUAGAUGUUGCUGAAAUGAGCAUAACAAGGCCGGGGCUGCUUUCAGAGUUUACUGAUACGAAACCAAAAGAACAUGCCGACAGAAACACAUCAUCCUUGUUCUCCCCCAGCUCUGGCGCCUCGUCUUUGCCAUCGGAACAGACAAAUUCCUCUUUUGCUACAAUAACGUUCACAUCCAUAAGUGCCCGGAGUGACUGAAAAUAACAGGUAGAUUUUGGCGUUCACACUUUCCCUCGCUUGUUUUGCCUAGUGCCGCCUCUCCCAAUCCAUUCUUGUCUGCUGUAGAUAUAAGAGUGAAAAUGUGUUCUUUGAAGAUCUAAAUGUAAAAAAGCGAUAGACGAUAGAGUGAUGCUUUUUCUUACAUAAUUCAUACUUGAAAAUGUAUCAUUCCUUGUAUUGUAUGUUGUAUCAAAUCAAAUAUCAUUUUUAUAGACAUAAUUUUUCACUCAUACAAUUUUGUUACCACUUUUAAUUUGAUUCAGUGUAACAUAAUUCGCUAGCUAAUUCGCUUUUUGAAUUCGUGAUUCGCUCAAAAUUGUCCAA